ACAUUUAGGAUCCAUGGACAGUACGUCCAUAAUUACUCAAGUGAACAGAGAAGAGGAACAACUAACAAAUUUUCCUCCUGCUGAUCGAGUGCCGCCCUCCAGCAGGAAGCCCCGGCAGCGCGGCUUCCUCAACACGCUGCUCUGCUGCUUCGGGAGCAACAACCAAGGCAACAACCCCGUGAUUGCCGAGGAAAAUGGCCAGUACUCGCCCAAGGUGAUCAAGCGCCAGCAGCAGGCUUCGCAGUGCGGCUCCUCGCCCAUCACCCAGGUGCAGCAGGAUCAGACGGAUGCCGCCGUGUUGCCACGCGGGUAUGCUGUCCAGGAGUACUCCAAGCCCAGUAGCUCCAAUAACUCGCUCCAGGGCAAGUACCUGCUGCCACCCGUGCGGCAUCAGGAUAUUCGCAAGAUAUGCCUCAUCAUUGACCUCGAUGAGACAUUGGUCCAUAGCUCAUUCAAGCCCAUCAACAAUGCUGACUUCGUGGUGCCUGUAGAGAUAGAUGGCACGGUGCACCAGGUGUAUGUCUUGAAGAGGCCUUAUGUGGACGAGUUCUUGCAGCGAGUUGGCGAUGCCUACGAAUGUGUCUUAUUCACAGCCAGCCUUGCAAAGUAUGCUGACCCUGUGGCUGACCUGCUGGACAAGUGGGGUGUCUUCCGGGCACGGUUAUUCCGAGAGUCUUGUGUCUUCUACCGAGGAAACUAUGUCAAGUGGCAUUGCCAUGACUGCUUCAGCCCUCGAAUGUUCAAGUUACUCAAAGCAGGGGCUAGUUUUGCUGAAACAGGAGCCUCUCUGCGAAGGACCUUGGUAGGCUGGGCCGGGAUCUGCGCAGAGUGGUCAUAAUAGACAACUCACCGGCCUCGUACAUCUUCCAUCCUGACAAUGCAGUACCUGUCAACUCGUGGUUCGAUGACAUGUCAGACACGGAGCUGCGGGACCUGAUGCCAUUGUUCGACGAACUGAGCCGUGUCGAGGACGUGUACACGGUGCUGCGCAACUCCAACAACGCGGCUGGCGGUGGCGGCGGCUCUCCGGCCUUUCGCUGCACCACUCCUGAUGAACGGCAGCGCGGUGGCUUUGCACAACAGCGGUUCCUAGCAUUCCGCACAGUGCGGCUUGUGCAAUAGCCCCUUCUCCGCCGGCAGUACAAAAGCGCUUACGGGUCCCGUGCUAGUCUCGCCGGCCUACUUAACGUCGGAGGGGGGCUGCCCCUUGUGCCUUGUCUCUUCCGCUCUGGACGAGAGUUUGUAUAAUAACGGUGUUCCAUAAUCUCGCCUGUAUCAUAGAUUAAAGACGACUAUUUCAGCCUGC